UACGCAAUUCAUUUGGAUGAUCACUUCAUUCCAAAAGCUCCCCUUCACGCCUGUUUUCGGGCGUGCUUUUGUUUUGAAAUUUUAAUUUUGACAUUUUGCGUCCGCUUUCCAACAGCUCUUUUCUCGCGUUUUGCUUAUCCUGGCAGUUGUUGCUCUUCCUUCUGCGGAAUCCACCAAAGCAAAAUCAUUUGUACUGCGCACUGGUGUGUUUUAGCUCAUGUGGGACGAUGAAAAUAUAUAUAUUUCACAAUGUAACCGCCGGCGGGGGAGAAAGGCCUUACAACUAACACACUAGCUCCUGCUCACUUGUUGAUGAGUAGAUAGAGGUACAAACACAGUGUGUUGUGCAGCACACUCAACGCAAACGGAGCAUUAAAACGGUUUACGGUUUCACUUGUGCGACACUUCGGGCUGACAAGCACUGGCUGGCGUAAAGGCCUGUCUCGUUGCUUCGCUAAAUCUCGAUGGGUGUUGGUGAAAUGAAAUUUUAAAAAUUCAUAACUCAAACCAUUCCAAACCCUUGUCACGCCUGUCCGCCGGAAGCUGUUUGACGAUGAACAUGCAUUCCACGACAGGCCUAGCAUUUCCAUCAAAGUGUCAUUUUCUGGACAUCCAGUAGGGUUUAUGUUUAUAAACACACACGCUUGUCGGCUGUCUUUCUUUGGCCUUUCUUUUCGACACUCAUCGACACUACCACAAUGUCCUAGCAUUUCCAAACAUCGAACCAACCUUCUAAGCGCCUGGACAUCUUGCUGCUACGAGUCGUUCCCUUCAACAAAAACUGAGUAAUUUCCUACCUGGAUUGGUGCACUCCGGGCAUGCUGGGUUUUAUUCGCCUGUAUCUCUUCUGCGUAUUUUGGUUCCGUUUCUUCACGCUACAAGCCGCUACUUCCUAACCAUCUUCAUCAAACAGACUGCUGGGAAAAUGUACCCAUAGGGCUUCGAUGUUUCUUCUUCCGACCGGAGAAAGCAAAGAAUGGUGUACACUUCUUUCAUCCGCCACCAACCUCUAAAGCUUUCCAUCUUCGUUAACCGCCCACGUACGCAAGGUAUAUAAGACUCAGAGAAAAAACUCAACCGUACCAAAUGUCAAAGGUUGCAGAUGGUUGGAAAGAAAUUUCAAGAUCUCAGUACAUCUCGGCGUAGAGUUGAAUGCCAUUUUCGUUCACUUCUAAUUCUGUCAAUAAUGUCUAAAAAUGGCCGCUUUUCCAAUUCAACUAAAUCGCUCUGUUUAACAUAAUAGUAUUUGUCUCGGUGUGUUCUUCGACUUAGUACCCCCGAAAGAGGUUGUCGGCAAAUACAUGAUUAAUUAACCGACCGAUGCCAAUGUUGAUGUUGAAGCCUACAUCCAACGGUGCAAACCGUGCUAAAACCAAUUCCGAUGACCGAAAGAUACGGUGCAAAGUUUGGUCACCACCAACACACGUACGUAGCGAUGGAUCUACCGAACGAGCAAAUGGCAAAGGCAACGAAGUGAAAUAACCAGUUCCACAAUUUUCCACCGACGCUCGAAACAAAAACCUUCUUUACACACGCGGGUUGGGCCCGGGACCGUCGGUCGGUCGGUCGGUUUUGCUUCGUUCGCCAACGCAACCCACACAAACAUUUGAGCUGUUAAUACGCCCGCGACAAAGGCCGCAGCUAGGUGGCUUCACCGGCCGUUUCCCAGGAUUCAUAUCCGUUCCGUCCGUCCGACGACACUGACAGGCUUUUUGUCGCGUGCUUAGUACCAGAAACACAGUAGUGGAAAAUCGCGGAAAUUUUUUUUUUGUUCCUUACCCGGGGCCACCACCACACACCCAGCAGGUGGUUGGUCUCCAGUGUGCGUGCAAUGUGCGUUCUAUUGGCAAACGCUAAACCGGAUGUAAACGUUCUUCCGCUAAAAGUGCUGAUGAUGAUGUGCAGUUGAGUUGUUUGCGUAAAAAUGUCGAUGAAGGGCUGUGAAGUUCCGGUGCAGUUGCAAAUCUCGCGUAUGUUGCAAGUGUGUUGAUCCGUUGCGUUGGCGUUUGUUCGUUCGUUUAGAAAACAUUUCAAAAUCACGUCGAACUUUGAUCCAAAAACGGCUUCCGGCGCUUGGAUGGUGGUGGUGCAUGGAUACAACGAACAAGCAGCCACCAGCAGCGGCUAGAUCACAACAUCCAAAAACUCAUCCCGAACAGCAGAAAAGACUGCGUACGGUGGACACUACAUCAUCACCUUCAUCACAGCAACCGAGCAACACGGUGCAAAGGGAACAACUAUUGCCGACGGUACCGCUGUCACAGCAAAACCGCCAGCAACCGCAACAACAACAACAACCAUCGAAACAGCUCCAGCUGCACAUACAGCAGGAGGAACUGUCGGCUUUACAGGAAAAACCAUCAGAACACGUCCAAAUUCAUUGCCAGCCGGUUGGGUCGGCGGGAGCGACGGUACCGCGGCUUGAAACGCCGUGCAAACCGCCCAAGGACGGAACAGGUACCGGUGCGCCAGUGUCCUUUUCCUUCUACAAGACAAUCAAUACGGUGAUCAAAAGCAGCCGCAAAAUUAUAGUGCGCGUUUGCGAGGUAACCAAUGUAAAGACCAAGCUCAAGAUGUUCAAUCUCUACUCGACGAUGAACAAGCGCAAUGGCGCGGACGAUAAGGAAGCGAAGGAGGUCGAAACUACCGGUCACGAUCGGUUCUGUCAGGAGCGACCCUCAAGGUCGAGCUACCGGCGGAAAAAGAGAAAAAUGAGACGUGCCCAGUCGGCGGCCGAAUUCCAGGAACCGCGCACUGAACCACCCCUAACAGCGGCCAGCAAACGCAUGCUGUUCAGAGGUCGAUCCAUCAGCUCCGAGCACGACAACAACUCGGAAACUGAACAUUCCGAACGAUCGCCGCUGGUCAGCGCUAAGCUCGACUCGCUGGCCAAGUUCCUCUUCAGCCGGAGCCUGCUGCAGGAUAGUACGGGCGCGACCAAAGAGAAUGAAUCGCCGACAAGACACAGCGUGCGCUACCAGCAGUAUACGGCUCUGGACAGUGGUAUCGGAGCGCCGGAUCGCAGUCCACGGGAGCGAGCGGCACGGGAACGGGCGUAUGCCGCAUGCCAGGAAUGGCUACAGAACACAGGCGGCCGGUACGAGUCCAUCGCACACCUAGAUGACAUCGGAUCGCGCUCGAAUAAGCACUGGUUCCUGCUAAACGAUUGCACGAUACGUACCGAUCGGCUUAUGACGCUGCUACCAUUACCUCCCGAUUGUAUUGCCUUAGAAGAGUUGCCGCCCUCCGAAUGUCCCCAGGGAGUGCUGAUGGAGCUGCUCGGCUCGCUGCAGCAUCCGUACAUUUAUCCGGUGCUAGAUCUAGGUUUUUUCCCCUCCGAUUCCCACCAGUACACCAGUCUUGUGAUGCCAUUCAAUCCCCGCGGUAGUCUCAAGGAUCUUAUCUACAAGUCUCAAUGGAACGAACCGUGGAGUCGAAAGUAUACACGAAAGUCUACCUGUUUGCCCCUGUCCCAGGUACAGCGGCUAGGGCGACAGAUUCUGGAGGCACUGUUGUUCCUACGCGAGCGCGGUAUUCCUUCGCACGGUCAUCUGCAUAGCGGUAAUGUCAUCCUGCAGAAUGGGGUCGCUCGAUUAUCCGGCCUAGAAAAUGGACUGCUUGGAUUGAACUCGCGCGUCAACGCCGUCAUCUGGGCACGAUCCGCGCCGGACAUCGAUAACAUCGACGUCAUCUGCUUCGGUCACCUGCUGUUCGAGAUGUGUGCCGGAUAUGAGCUGACAUCACCGCAGCCAACACCCGGCCACUACCAACUCGAUCUCGAGCGAUAUCCACAGGUGGUCGAUGUACUGCAGAUGAUCUUCGAGUCACCGGAUGGCCGCUACCCGACGGUAGAGGAGCUCGUGCUUUGUGAUAUUUUCCGCAAUAUCGAUUUAAGAGAAAUGCGAGGAACAUGUGUGCCUUCCUUCAAACACGGUUUGAGCAGCUCCACCUUGAGCUUACUGAAUGCGGUCCGGCGUCGCCAGGGAGCCAUCCUAAGCGGUUCAUAUAGCGAGGGAAGCUCGCCCUGCACACCACCAUCGACGCCACGUGAUCGGAAAACCGGUGAUGUAGAAUCCUCCGAUCUGUCUAGUAGUGAUUCUGAAGAUCUGUUAGAUGAAAUAGUUAUAGCGUCAGCCCGCAUCGACGAUCCAUGCCAUUACGAUCCACUGAGCUCGCCGAUACAUUACUGUGACAAUAAUGUCCACUCGGACGACAACAGCAAUAGUAACAACAACACAAUCAUUCGUAUAGAUUCGAUCGAAGAAGCGCACGGGGCCGGCACGUCAGCCACGGGGGCAUCGGUGGGAGCGGUUGCGGGCGGUUCGGGUGGGUCGGGUGCCGUCAGCCUCAAUCCGUCCUCCGCAUACAAGAACUCCAAGUCGCGCCGAAUGGAGUACAGCCGCCGCGGUAUGAUACUCGGGCUCAGCAACCCGUCGCAAGACUCCGCGUUCGGUUCCAUGACGGACGGCGAAUCGUCCAGGGCGUCCAGCUUUAAGCUGAGCAGCUUUGCCUCCAUGAACUCUCCGAUAGACGAGGGUGUGGAAGAUCUGCUUGUAGAACAGGGCGCUACUAGUACUGCCGACAAUCUUGCGACCACGAUUGCCAACAUGAAGUACAUUGAUUCUACCGGUUCGUCACCUUGUCACGACUAUCAUCACCAUUCCCAGUCGCAGGUGCUGCCGCAAACCUCGGGAUAUAAUGCAGCCGGACCAUGUGCUGUGAGCAGCUCUCGGACGGAACCCUCGAUCGCUUCGAGAGACAUUUCGCCGAGUCGUUCAAGGUUCCUGGAACCACCCAAGCUCGUCAUCAACAAUCAUUCGUCGUCCACGACGAACUCUUCGCUGUGUUACACACUUUCCCCACUGCGCAAGUGUGCCACUACCGAGGUCUUCUCGCAGAAAUACCGUGUGUCUUCGUUCGAGGACAUGUCGUACAACUCCACGCGCAAGUCAAUCAAAAACACGAGCCGCAAAAUCUUCCGCUCGUUCGAAGAGGAGCGACGCAUCGAUUCGGCCUUCAUGCCGAUCGAUACGUCGCGCUCACAGCAAACCCGUCCGACGGGACAGCUACAACCGCAACUCUCGCUACCACCGAUGCUGGCCCCACCGUCAACGCCAUCGCCAAAGCAUGCACCAGUGCCAGUGUCCCCAUCGAGAAAAACCCAUGCAUCCUACCAAAAUCUGCACACGAUCGUACCCACGGCUCGAGAGCGCGGUCUCCAAUGGCGCAACAAUUUGAUCAAAUCAAACGAGUGUCUGUUCGAGACAUCCUUCAACUGUGUUCCCGCUACACACCAGCAGCAACAACACCCACAACAGUUCCGCUCGGUUCCCAGUUUCUCGGGUGGUCCCCAUUCGGAGGUGGAUCGUAUGCUCAGAACGCACGGUUCACAGGAUCUACCUACAACCGAAAGUGGUAGCAUUGGGGAGAUGAGUUGUGAUCGCUUCAUACUUACCCCGGAACCACUGCCGCCCGGUAGUCCCUCCUGCACCUCCUCGGUGACGUCCACAACGACAUCCUCGCCCGCCGCAUCGGGCUCCUCGACGAGCCGCUUGCGUCCGAACCGAACCGAUCGGCAGCAACUAUUCUCUCUGGCACGGUUCAAGCACAGCACAAUCCUGGACAGUGUGUCCAUCGAAGACUUCUCCUCGGAAACUUCACUCCGAGCAGCUACCGGGCGUUCCACUAGCCCCGCCAGCCCGUGCCGUAGUGCGGCCAGUGCCGCUUCAUCAUCGUCGACCGGUGAUGGGGCUACACUAGAGUUUGAGGUAAAGCCACUCUCUUCGGACGUAACCUGCACAUCGGAUGCUUCGGACACGGCCAGCGAGGAUGCAACAAGUGUCAGCACUACGGACACUUCCUUGCUCAAGUCACCCGUCCCACAGCGCUCGUCGAACGCGGGCAGCGAUCACAACCGACACAAGCAUGCCCCGCGCGAUGUACGACAGUACCUGGACGAUGCUGCUGGCAGCGAUGAGUUUGGAAGUGGCAAUGAGGAGAAAACGCCACUGCUGGAUGGGAUGGAGCUGUCACCGAUCUCGCCGACGGAAUCGGAACAAAUGUUGUGAUAAUAUCUGGGCACGGUCGGGUGCGCAAACCGCUUUUCCGAUGACUUCGGUGACUCUGUUCAGGCCGAGAUACUGCUGUAAAGGGGAACGAUGUGACCACCUUGAGCUAGCUGCAGCUAGUCAAAAGUGAAAGAGAGAUAGAGAGAAUGGUAAUUUUGAAAAGAGAAGAAACAAAACAGGUCUUUUUAAUAGCAACAUUUAGGGAAAAAUGUUACAUUUUAUUAACCUUUUCCUAAUAAUAGCAAUCCCGUAACUGUUCCAACUGGUAGUCAGCAUGAUGUUUUCCUUCUAAAGUCUAGUUAGAGAUUAAACGGAACCGGUAACAGCAGUAGUUGUAGCAGAAUUCAUAGCAAAACCGUUGGUUCGAUUUUAAGAAUUUCUUAGGAUGAAACAGUUUUCUCAAGGAAAGUCGGAUGGACGUCCAUCGAUCUGCUCCCUGUACAAUACAUACUGAAUUUUUCCAUCCAAAGUCGCAGUCUUUUUAGCGUAGUCAACUUCAAGUAAAUCCGGAUACAAUGAAACAGGGAUAGAAUGCUAAUGACUUCUUUGCUUUCUGCGGCAAUACUUCUGAAUCUUCUAAAGUAGGACAAAUAACAAUUCAAACUUUACACAAAUUUCCUCUCGAAAACCAAAAGUAACAAACUCUUUCAUGCGCAUCGACAUCCCUAGAACAUGUGCAGUCCUCCCCUUGAACAGAAUUAGACGACGUUAAAGAACCCGAUCCAGGAACCCGAAAAUACAGGCGUGAAAUGUAAACCAAAGGAACUAAGAACAAACGUCAAUCAAGGUAAAAUCAGUAUUUAAAGCAUAACGUUAAUAUGAAGAGAUAAACACAGAAUGCAAUGUAUCACUUAGUGCUAGGUAAGCAACAGUAUAUUUUGAAAGUCAACCUCGAAUUAACGCAUUCAUGCUCAUGCUGGCACUAGAAACAGAAGCGAGUUCAGAUAAAACCGAUCUGAAGAAAUGAUCUCGCUUGCGUGAACGUGCUCAGUACACGAUCCAAAACCGAGGAAAUACGAUGCUAUACAACAUUUUCUAACUAAACGUAAAGAAAUUGCAUUCGGGCAACUAUAUCCAGCGAUGGCGCCAAUCGAAGACGCAAUGUGAUGUGGUCUGGAUGAAGGCAGAACGAAUAGUAUUAGGCUAUAUACAUUCAUACAAUUAUUUUAAACAACAACACGAUUCGUAUGAAGGCGACCACUCUACCGCACGGAAGAUCGCUACUGAUCGUCAUUGUGCGUUAGUGUAAAAGAUGCUACUUAGAAGAGAGAAAGAAAAUCGUCAGUAAUAUCUCGACUAUAGUCCUGUAAGAAACUAGCAAAAUUCGAAAUAAUUCCCAAAAAAGAAGUACUACUUACGUUCUUCAGACGACUUUAAAAACACAGCUCGGAUAAUAAUAAGCCAACCGUCGUAAGUAAUACUCCGCAUUACUCAAAACCUGUACACGUGGAUGCCAAACAUAAAAGAGCAAAUGAAUGUGUUCGAUGUUUGAUUGAUUUUUAACUAAAAAGUCGAGUUACACACAUAAGCUGACAGCAGUUUACUGUAAGUGUGUUUAUUCUUUCAUAUCGAUUAAUUUAAUUUCCAUGUUUUAACUGUUUCUUCUGUAUCUUUAAGGCUACAGCUUUCUGUCUUGCAUGUUCCAUCUUCUUUCUAGUUUGCACACCAUUUCCUUUCGACUGAUAAUCAGUACAUCUGUACAAAGAUUCAUCACAAAGUAAUGCAAUCGUAAGACGAGCAGUCGAGAUCGAUCGGAAGUAUAAAAGGGCAUAGAUUGCUGUAACCGUUGAUAGAACAAUUUCAGAACCGUCCCUAAUAAUCACAAUACCUUUUUAGGAGUUAAUGCAGAUACACGCAAACAGGAUAUUUGAUUUCCCUGGUACUUGUCGAAAUAUUUGCCAUCCCAUACACACACAAACAAACACAAAUACCUUUCAAUUUGAAGCCUACCAAGCAACUUUACUAGGUACAUGUGUAGCGAAACACUAAACUCUUAAACAAACAGGAAAAUACUUAACUGCUCAAUUGACACAUACCAAUAAGAGUAACUAGUAAACUAGAGACAACCCACAAUAAAUGGUUUUAUUUUGAUGGGUCCAAUGCUAAACAUCGAGCGGUUUUCGUAAAUGGGCUAAAUGUGGGAUAAAUGUAAGAAAAAGGAAAACAUUUUAGUUUUACAUGCUGUAAUUGUAAUCUGAUCGUUUCAUUUCACGCUUGCAGAUACAAACACACACAUAGCCCCGUUAGCUAUCGCAAAAAUGGAAAACUCUAAGGAAACUGCUAACUACACAUAUUCAAAAAAGAAGGAAAAAUAACAGAAUACAAUCAGUGAGAAGCGGCCAUGUUGACGAAAGAUGAAACACAUAAUAGUUCAUUAAAACUUCCGAGCUUGAUCAUUAUAGAGACAAAAAAGAUGAAUAUAACGUACACCCACGAUCCUAGCAGAUGGAACAAAACAUCAAACCAACAAAAACAUCUUAUUACUAAAACAGAAUAGAAUGUAAUUAUUGCCAACUGAUGAACAAAUGAUACCCAGCCUAAGAGGCACACAUCAAUAAAAUUAAAGAACGGAACGCUAGCAAACAAUUCAAGACUAGAAUGAUGAUUCGAUCAAUAAAUAUUUCGCGAUAACAUACCGCUAACAAACAAAACCGUGGAGUACGUAUAUAAAGUGUAGGGAAAGAAGUUUCAUAACCAUUUACUGUUUCGCCAGCUCAUUGAGUUCUACAUUCUAACCCGUUUGCGGAAUAAACCCCCUUCCAGUGGAAAAGCUUUAAAAGCCCCAUUUCAUUAACUUUGAGAAGUAUAAAAAAAAACAAAACAAACAUUACGUUCGCGUUUGUUGAAGGACUAUAGAACAUAGCUAAUGGUAACACACACAGUUGUUCAAACUUUCUAAAAGUUCGGUUUAAGUUUGGGGUUUAGGAGAAGGUUGCAAAACACAACCCUUUCCAUAUGCCCGUUCCGAUCAUCGCCAAUUUUCUUCGCGCAUUCGCGAAGCCAUAUCAAAGUCCAAAUUCAAAACGAAUUCUAGCAAUAAAAUGGAACAAACUUUCAA